AUGGUGGAGAACGGUGGUAUCAAGAGGAGUGCGGCGCAAGCCGGGUUAUCUGCAACACACUUUCGAUACCCCGAGGAGCAGCCUCUGCAACACAAGAAUAGCCACACACCGUCUGCCCCAGCCCAAAACGGUGAGAGACAUUCAACCGGUGAGAUGGACAUGGAAAUAUCUGAGCAUGAAAAUGAUCAAUCAGAGGCACCUGACCAACUUGAUGGCCAAUGGUCAGUUGCAGAAUCCAAAUCUGCUAGGAAGAAGCGCAAGACCGCGAACAAGGCUGCGAGCAAGGCCAAGAAGAACUAUGAUGGUCCUCCUGGCGUCUCAUUCCUACCUGGCAGACCUGACCAAGUUCAGGUGAAGGCUCUUCAAGAACUUGUUCUUUACAUCCUCUCUGAUAGUGUUGCACCAACCUGGCUGGCCGUCAACAAUGCCAAACAGAUCCAGAAGGUUGUUGUUCUCAUGAUUCCUGGACUGGAUAAGAACUCUUUGAAACAGUCUGAUCUAUUCAAGUCAAGUAUGAGGAGCGAACAUGAUCACAUCGGGGAGUCAGCACCAACCGAGUCUGGACCUGUGGCUUUGGCUGAAGUCGAAUCCGCAGCCACCACGCUACCAACACUUCAGAGCGAUGAGACUCCUGCGAGGACUUGCCCAUCUCUCUCAGAAAACCCUGCUUCUAGUCUCUUAGAUCACCUUCUUCAAGUCAAGGCUCCAGGGGACUCUGGGCGAAAUCAGAUACACUCCCCUCUCCAAACAAUGCUCAUCUCGCCAUAUUCAGAGCCCAAGAACAAAAAAGGAAAUCAUGAGAAGCCACAGACAACUCGAACUGCUAUCGGUGAGUUCAUCCAUACUGCCGACGAGCUACGAGAAGCAGAAUACCCGAUUCAUCCGGCAACGUUCGACAAUCAGAGAGAUGCACAGCUAGAAGACGAGAGGCGUGAGAAAACCUUGCAAUCUGCCUCUGCAGGCUGGGUCGACACGAACGCCAGUCGAUCCGAAUUCCCGGUUCCGGUCACUGCAGUCAAAUCUUUCAACCCACUAAGAGACCUCAAUUCGCUCAAACAGGGGUACAAUGUCUAUGCUCUUGACUGCGAAAUGGUUCUGACCGACGACGACAAGUACUCGCUUGCUCGCAUAUCAAUUAUUGAUUGGUACGGUAGGACCGUACUUGACAAGUAUGUUUUGCCGUCUCUGCCCAUCAAGAACUACUUCACCCAGUUUUCGGGUAUCACUGAAAAGAUACUCGAGAACGUCACGACGACACUACAAGAUAUACAGAAAGAACUCCUCACCUUGUUGGGCUCAAACUCGAUCCUCCUCGGCCAUUCGCUGGAAUCGGAUCUGAAUGCUCUCAAACUCACACACCCACAUAUCAUCGACACAUCAAUCAUCUAUCCUCAUCCACGUGGUCUACCUCUGCGCUCGUCGUUGAAAUAUCUUGCAAACAAGUACUUAAAGCGAGAGAUUCAGAAGGGUGGUGCUGAUGGUCACGACUCGGUCGAAGACGCUCGUGCCGUACUUGAUCUGGUGAAGCUGAAAUGUGAGAAGGGCGCCAAGUGGGGUACAAUGGAUGCAAAUGGUGAGAGUAUCUUUCGGCGUAUCUCUAAAGCAGCGAGAGCAGAUGGUUCCCCACGCCAGACUGCCAUCGUGGAAUAUGGAACCCCAGAGCGUGGACUUGGCAAAGAAGCGACAUACAAAAUUGCCUGCGAGGACGACGAUGAUAUUGUCAAUGGCAUACUACAUGCUGCGCAUGGUGAUGAAAUCAGUGACGGCAACAACGGCACGGAAAAUGACGGAGAGGAGGAUAAUACAAUUGAGAAUUCCAAGCCGGAUGUGCACUCAACUACAAAAGAAGAACCAGCAAAUGAAGAAGGACAAUCCGUGGAUCGAAUUCCCGCAGGAGGCGUCGACUUCAUCUGGGGCCGGCUGCGUGACCUGGAAGCCAUUCGAGGAUGGAACGCACCACCAGACCCUAUCCCUGAUGACCUGACUCCUGAAGAUCUCACAUACGAUCCUAAAACACCGGAAACGACAUCUCCAGACCCAGCCCUCGAAAUAGCCAUGACUCAAACACUCACACGCCUUGCAAAGGUGUACACUUCCCUUCCAGAGAAGACCCUCCUGAUCGUCUUCAACGGCACGGGCGACAUGCGACCCUUCCUGAAACUGCAACAGCUGUUCUCUCAAUACAAACGGGAAUUCAAGAUCAAGAAGUGGGACGAGCUUAGCGUGAAAUGGACGGAUGUUGAGGAGCAGGCUUUGAAGCGUGCCACAAAUGCUGCUAGGCGCGGCUGGGCUGCUAUUGCUGUACGAUAA